AUGUCGCUCCCACCUCUUAACCCCGAAAAGUCCGCCUCGGGCAUCAUCGUCGACCCGCGUACUCUUGAGCGUGUCGUCCCUGCCUCGCGCCGGAAAGACGGGUCCGUGCGCAAGGAGCAGAAAAUCCGCGACGGCUACGUUCCACAGGAGGAUGUAGGCGCGUUCCGAGGGCGGAGACAGAUCGAGGCCGAUGCG